GUUGACUCGGAUUUCAACUUUCGGGGCGAUCAAGGUGUCUGGUCAGGGAAGCGCCUAUAAAAGGGGCAAGGGCAAGAAUUUUUGUCGUACUUGAAUUCAGUUCGUUCAGCAGUAACACAGAGCUCGAUCUUCCACAUUAUUUCAAAAUGAAGACCCUGUUGGUGUUUGCUGCUGCUUUGGUUGGCACCCUUGCUCAAGAGCAAAUGAUGGUGGCUAAGAAGGAGAUGAUUGUGGAAAAAGAAAUGAAGGAAAUGGAGCCCACACCAAUUGGAUACAAAUCCUUGAAUUUGCCUUAUGGCGCCUGGCCUUUGGCCUACAACCAAUUGCCUUUGGCUUACAACAACCUUCCUUAUGCUUAUAACACCCUUCCCUAUGCUUACAACACCCUCCCCAUCCAACCCGUGGAGACCAAGUUUGUUCCCGAGGAGUUUGACGUUGAGGUGAAGACCUAUGAGCUCGAGAAGGUCGAGACCGGUUGCAAAAACAUCUUCGGUUUGGACGUGCCUUGUGCCAAGAAGGAGAAGCGAUCUGCUGACGAGGAUAUGACCGUUGUCGAGGUCGCCCCUGAGGCUGAGACCUCCGAGGUUGAGGCUGAAGCCGAGGCUAAGCCCGCUGUCUACGCUGCCAAUACUCUUCCUUUGACCUACAACACCCUGCCUGUGGCCUUCAACACCUACAACACUCUGCCUUUGGCCUACAACAACUUGCCUUUGGCUUACAACACUCUUCCUGUGGCCUACAAUACUCUGCCCUUGGCUUACAAGACCCUGGAGCCCAAGACCCAAGAGGUGAAGGUGCCCACCCCUGUUUUCAAGACCGUUGUCGAGAAGAUCCCCGUCGGACCUUCAUGCCAAAACGAAUGGGGUCUCUUGGUUCCUUGCGCCUAAACCAUGGCCGUAAAGAACGAUGGGUAUUAAAAACAAAGUGAUAUAAAACGAAAAUAAAAAUCUCAGACAACUAAUAUUCAUGGAACGUUUUCUUUAAGAUCCGACAGCUUCCAAUCGUCUUUGUGGCAAAAACUGUUUUUCUUAUUUUGAAUUUGAAAAAUUGAAAAUACAUUUUCAAAAUUGCAUUCUAA